AUGGAGCCUGUGGACAAGGAUUCGGAGGAUGAGGCCGAUGGAGAAGAGUCCAAGGCCGUCCUGGCAGCGCGCCUGGCAAGGGCCCAGCGUGCAGCUGCUCGCGAACUCGGAGCACCUGCUCCGCGAGCAGGGCGGUACACGGCCAUGACAGGCCUACCUGCCAAGCCCAAACCGGCUCCGCCGCCUGCACCUGCAAAAAGCAAUGCAACCAGCGAGCGCAUCAAGGCUUUGGCUGAAGCUGCCCAAAAGGAAUUGAACGAUGGCGAAGAGGAGGAUGCCUCGGACGCCUGGGCCUUGCGACAGCUGGGACUGGGAUUGCACCGUCGCCGCGGUGGAGAGGCAGUUGAGGUCGUGGAGACUUCGCUCGACGAGGAAAUUGCGAAGCUGAGCAGCAGGGACGGUGUUGCCCAGGUCCGCAAGGCUGCUGAACGGGUGGCAAAAGGCCAUGAUGGUGAGGCUGCCAUACGUGCAAAAGCAAGCGUGAUCCCUGCAGCUUCUGAGGCCAUGGCCAGGCUCUGGGCCACCAUGAAGGCCCUUGAGAGCUCAGCAGGGGAUCGCGAUGCGAAGUUGGAAGAGCUCACAGGACAGGCCGAUGCUGCCCGUGAUGAGCUGGCAGAGAUCGAGCGGCGGGACAAGGACAUCUCGCGCAUGCUUCGAAGCGUCCAGGAGCUCGAAGAGCUGGCUUGGUCGCUUGGAGGGCUGUUGGACGAGAAGUCGCCCAAGUGCAAACAGGCCGCAAAGAUGCUGGCGCAGAUUGAGGAAGAUUUCUCCCAGCGGCGGACCAAACGGCGGGCCAAGGACAUAGCAGAAGCUUUGAAAGAGACUGGGGCCAGCCUGACCUACCAAGAAGAGGAGGCCGAGGAUGGAAGCGAUGCAGAAAAAGCGGAGCAGGCGGAACAGGCCACAGCACGCCGUCGCCAGCGCCGUGGGCGUCGGAAAGGCGACGACGGCUGGGACACUUCAGACCUCAGCGAGGAGGAUGGCUUGGAGGCGACAAGGAAGGAUCGCGCCACUUUCUCCACUGCUGUGCAGAAGCAGUUGCUGGACGACGUGUCUGAAGAGUUUGCCAGCGCAAGGUCUGUGUUGAAGGCACUGAAGUCUGUGAAGAAGAAGUUGCAAGACGAAUACCGUCAGGCGUUCGUCCACCUGGCCUUACCAGAGGUCUUUGGCUUCUUCGUCGACUUCGCCGCGCUGUGGUGGGAUCCGCUGCGGCUUCUUGCCCGCUCCGACGAUGUGACUUUCGGACCUCGGAAGGCGAUCACAUCAACGCAGCUGGAGUCCUUCGAUUGGUUCGAGGACAUGGCUGCCUUCACAGAGCUCUUGGGUGACGAUGACCCAGAUGGGGAGCUGGUGCCCAAGAUCGUGCAGCAGUGCAUCUUUCCCGAGGUGGCACGGCGCCUGCGUGGUUGCUGGGAUGUGACUUCGAUGUCCCAGAGCCAGCGCGCGGCAGCUUUGCUGGACGAAUGUUUGCUGUUCGAGGUCGGCGAGGCGGCGGAAGCCUUCGGCGAGCUGGCCGAGGCGGCCGUCGAGCGGCUGCGAGCCGGGCUGCGGGACUUUGCACCUGAAGUCUUCGUACCGGCACCACAGGUCACCGCCUGGUAUGCCUCCGCUGCCCGGAAACGUCUACUUCGGCGGAGCUGCAAGAUUGCAGCAUGCGCUGCGCAACUGGAGGGACGAAUUCCAGACGAGAAGCUCGCGCCCGUACUUCUACAGGACAUCUUCACCACACGUAUAGCGCCUCAUCUUCAGGCCCCUCGACUUAGACCAGAGGAGAUGGCGAUUGUGGAAACGUUUGUGGACGUACUCCCCGAGAGAUGGUUCGAGAAUGGCCUGCCCCAGUCUCUACGACCACUCCGAGAUGUUCUGGGACCGAGGGCUCCACCCAAUUCCGAAAGCACAAAAUCUGCGGCCAUCGCGCUACUGCGGCGGAUGCACUGCUACGACGAGGCCCAGGCACUUGAGCUUUGA